AUGGCCAAAACCGCAAAAGUCAAGAAGCGCCAAGUAACAGUGCACUCGCGCGCCGCCCGCCGCGCCGCCUCCCCCUCCCUCAACCUCGACAAAUCCGCAAAACCGCCUACACAGCCAACACGCGACUCCGCCUCGCCCUCACGCCCCUCAUCCCUGAACCCGCACGCGCUGGCCGCCAAAGACGCAGGCAUAAUCAAGAAGCAAAAAAAAGGCAAUCUGACGCGGGCGCAACGGCUGCGGCAGCAAAAAGGGCUCGAGCGGGCGGCGGAGAAUAUGGAUAAGCUGGAGGUGAAGCGGAAUAAGAGUUUGGGUAGGGAGCGGAAGGUCAAGGAGCGGGCGAAGGGGUGGGAGGAUGUUAAUGAUGAUGGGGUCAAGGUGGGGAGGAAGAAGGGGAGGAAGGAGGUGGAUGUGGGGUUGGAGGAUGCGGGCGGUUGGGUGGAUGAGGAUAUGGAUGAGGUGGAUGUGGGUGCGGGUGUGGAUGCAGUGGUGCAGGAUGGCGAGGUCAAAGGUGAUGGGCAACAGGUUGAUGUCGCUGUGGAGAAGAGCACGGUGAUGUCGGUUGGAGACGACGAGCUGUUAUAG